AUGGAUGCUUCUCCGACACAGACAACGCUUAUUAGCUCACAGGAUUCGACAAGUUCUACCAGCGAGUUUGUAGACACAUGUACUCCGCUUGCACCAAAGCAGAAAGGACGGUUCAACGUUGGUUUAUAUGCUAAACGAAGAAAGCUCAUUAUGGAAAAGCUAGUAGAUGAAAAAAUAGCCACAGAUGUCAAGCUCAAGAGCUUCCAGAACAAGCCGAAUUAUAGAAAACGAAAGUGUGAUGACYUGGAMGARCAGCUUCCUUCAUCAAAACRAAAGGCAAGGUUGCCAAACACACAAAGCAAUCUCAACAAAGAAAACAGUGACUUCCUUGAUUUAUCUAAAGCCCAAAGUCAUCGAAGGCGCACUGCAACAAUAAAGGUUUUGAGGGAAGUUCACUGCACUCCAAGAUCAACUGAUAAUAAACCAAUAAUGAACGGAAUGUGGUCAACUUUGGUCAAUAAUAACUCAGUAAAGUUUAUGGAGUCUUUAAUAGGAACCUCCAAGUUUUGCACUAGCAAAGUUAUUCCAAACAUUGUAAAGAAAAAUGUGCUAAGUUAUGAAAAUAGUGAAGACAACUUCAUACGAAGUACAGCUUUGCUUUAUAAAGGAGGGAUCUUAACAAAAGUGAAAUACAAGGAAAUGAGAAAUGAAAGAAUUAACUUCAUGUCAGAUGUCCCAGUACCAAGACCUGUAGCCUAUGAUAGACUAGUGUCAUAUAUAAAAGGCAUCAAUAUGGGAGAUGUGUUAGAUCUUGAGGUAUCUCUAAGACUACCUUACUACAUGUUUACAGUCUUGCGUAUGCAGGCCUUUGCUUACGGAACUGUGUUUCCCUCUUAA